UGCCGCCCCAAAACCCCCCUCUUCGCUUUUUAUGCUCUCGGCCUGUCCUAGCUAAAAACAAAUUCAAUAUCAUUUACAGAUUCCCUAGGAGCAGCUUCAAUCCCCGGAUUCGAAGCAGAGCCUCGACAACUGCUCCAAUACGUCGCCCAGAUGCCUCGAAGGAAUGAGACCGGUACAUUUGGGGACCGUAUCGUUGAACACCAUGGGAGGGAUAUUGAAUUUGAAACCCUUCGCAAAGAGACCACCAUCUCUCCCCGCCUUCCGGGAAACGCGGCAGAGCAUGCACGGCGCAAUUUGAACGCGAAACUGGCCAACCCUCUUGCAGGAUAUACUCAGGAAGAACUGCGAAAACAGGGUGUCAACUUCGCAAUCAAGCACUGCUUGGGUGACGAAGAGGACAUACGGGCCUUUGGUAUCGGUGCCAUGCUGGCGCAGACACCCGACAAGUUUGCCACGGUGCCCGGCUUAAAGCCCGAGGAAUUGGAGGUGCUGCAGAAUGAAUUCGCACACCGGUGGUCCCAGCCAUGGACCAUGUAUCUCGUCGUUGCGCUCUGCUCUGUCUCAGCCGCUGUGCAAGGAAUGGACGAGACGGUGGUCAACGGCGCUCAAUUGUUCUACAAGCUACAAUUUGGUCUGAAGGAGGGGGACCGCACAUCCGACUGGCUGACCGGCCUGGUAAACGCAGCCCCGUAUUUAUGCUGCGCAGCGAUCAGCUGCUGGCUCACGGUUCCUUUCAACGCCUGGUUCGGACGUCGCGGGACAAUUUUCAUCACCUGCUGCAUCUCGGCCAUCACCUGCUUCUGGCAGGGGUUUGUCAACACCUGGUGGCAUAUGUUCAUCGCCCGGUUCGCCCUGGGCUUUGGCAUCGGUCCCAAGUCGGCCACCGUCCCGGUAUACGCGGCGGAGACCGCCCCUCCCGCGAUCCGCGGCGCCUUGGUGAUGCAGUGGCAGAUGUGGACCGCGUUCGGCAUCAUGCUGGGCUAUGCGGCAGACCUGAUCUUUUACGAUAUCAAGGACCCUGCGGGCAUCGUCGGGCUUCAGUGGCGCUUGAUGAUGGGAUCAGCAAUGCUUCCGGCGAUCGUGGUCUGCUGCUUUGUCUUUCGUUGCCCCGAAUCCCCGCGUUGGUACAUGCAGCGCGAUCGAUACGACAAGGCGUACCAUUCCAUGUGUCGGCUGCGUUUCAACAAGGUCCAGGCGGCUCGGGACAUGUACUACAUGUAUACCUUGCUGCAGGCGGAGAGUUCGAUGAAGCUGGGUCGGAACAAAAUGCUGGAGCUGAUCACCGUGCCGCGCAACCGACGGGCUCUGAUUGCGUCCGAGUUGGUCAUGUUCUUACAACAGUUCUGUGGCGUUAAUGUCCUCGCCUAUUACUCCACGCAGAUCUUCGUGAAGCUCGGCGACGUCCAUAUCCGAACCGCGUUGGUCGCAUCGUUCGGCUGGGGUGUGAUCAACUGGCUAUUUGCCAUCCCAGCCGUCUACACCAUCGACACGUUCGGACGGCGCAACCUGCUCCUGGCAACAUUCCCGCUGAUGGCGGCCUUCAUGUUCUUCAUCGGCUGGAGCCACUCCAUCCCAGAGACCAGCACUCACGCGCGUCUCGCCUGUAUCGCCCUGGGCAGCUACCUCUUCUGCGCCGUCUACUCGACAGGCGAAGGGCCCGUCCCCUUCACCUACUCCGCCGAAGCAUACCCACUGUACGUGCGUUCGUACGGCAUGGCCCUGGCGACCGCGACCACCUGGCUGUUCAACUUCAUCCUCGCCGUCUCCUGGCCAUCCCUGCAGUCUUCGUUCAAGUCCCAGGGUGCCUUUUCGUUCUACGGCGCGUGGAAUAUCGUCGGCUGGUUCGCCAUCCUCCUGUUCAUGCCGGAGACGAAAGGACGAACCCUGGAAGAACUGGACCAGAUCUUCUCCGUGCCGACGCGCCUACACGCUCAGUACGGACUCCGGCAGAUCGCGUACUUCAUCAAGCGGUAUAUCCUGCGGCAGCGCGUCCGGGCGGAAGUGUUGUACGAGCGGGCGGACACACAUGCUGUGCCCACGGACGCGGGAUAUAAUGCGUGAUUGUGCUAAUGACAUGGCUCAUUGGCUACUCGAGUGUAGCGGGUAAGUAGUCUGGUACGGUAUGGCUGGAUGUCUGAUUUUUAUCAUAGUUAAG